AUGUCUUUGUUUUAUGAACCUGGCUGUACGUGAGUUUUGUGAAGAUAUAUGUCCUCUACUGUACUAGAAGAUGUGGACAAGAAGAUGAGUUUUGUCAUUUACAUUUCCCUCUAAAAAUCUUCCUCUUCAACAUUUCCCUCUAAAAAUCUUCCUCACGUUAUUUACAAUGUCGUGCACAGAAGUUGUUCCGUUUUACUACUGGUGGUGUCAAUUGUUCCCGAUGGAGUAGUAGUUGGUGAUAUAUUGGCGGGUAAUAUGAGGACCUAGUUCAAUAAAUUCCUCAGGAGACGAAGUUCUUGUUAUCCCUUCCUCUUUCAUCUUCCUCCCUGAUCGUGCCUUAUCUCCAAGGAGCGAACGAAGUUCUUAUCCCUUCCUCUUUCAUCUUCCUCCCUGAUCGUGCCUUAUCUCCAAGGAGCGAACGAAACCCUCAAGGUAGACGAAACGGCUUUUCCCAGCAGCACCGAUAGGGAUUAUAUCAUCCGCUUUGCUGCACACAUGCUCUUUCAUGAAGCGGCGAUACAUGGCGACACGUUGGAAUGGGACACCUUGCUCGAAUUCAUCAUACAUUGGUCAGAUGGGCUGAUAGAAAGGGGAGAGUAUUGUUGUUUUUCUCAUUCCACUUCCACUUCGCUUUUGUUUCGAGCGAGCUACUUGACACUAGGUUAGCAGAGUGUUGAACAGGUCAGCCACAGAAGGUUCAUACAUAUUUAUUAAUCCGUUGAAAUUAUUGUUAGUCUUCAUAGGCUUGAUGGCUACUUUUACCUUGACUCACUCUCCAACAAGUUUCGCGAAAUUCUUCUCGUCCUCAACGAUGUGCUCCGAGAAGCCUUCGGCCAUUGACGGAGCUUUCCGAAAAGCCUACACAUUCAACAUACCGCGAUAUGGGGGUCUUACUUUGUUAUGAGGAGAUGAAAGAAAUAGGUUUAUUAGGUUUAGGUAGGCGUUCGUAGGCGGAACGUGAGAUGUUGGAGAGGAGGAAAGAAGUCAGCAUCUUGUUUUGUGGACUUGAAAACGCAAUCGCAAUGAGUCAAGAGUUGUUGUUGUUGUUGCGUUGUUGAUAAAUGAAUUGCUGAUAGAUGAACUAGUGCUGGUUCAUCACAACUGUGAUUUCAAGAGGCCAAGAAAAUCUCAUUUAUCUAAUACCAGUGCUGUUAGAGGGUGGCUUUGAGGAGUCAGUUGCGGGUGGACAGAUCGUCCGCUUUCUGGACCCUAUAACAGGCAAUAGGAAGGGAAUGCUGGAGGUAACAUUCGACUUUCGUUUAUUCUUAUGAACAUGAACAGUGUAGGUGUACGUAUCUGUAUCAUCUGAUCUUGGAGACGUUCUUUCAUGUUUGCACUGAUGUUCAGGCCUCACCAGUCGCCUUGAUUUCCCCUUUCUUCGAUUUCAACAUCUAGUACUUCACACAACACAGGUCCCAGUCCCCCGUGCUCCAAUAUUAGUGCAAAAGGAGGAUGAUCCUGGCCCUAUUCGAGAAGUGCUAUCGGUUCAGUACAUCCCAGGUUCAAAUGUGUUUCUCACGUCGUCAAAUACGAAGUUCAUAACCGCUUGGGACCUAGAUAACGGGCGGCCAUUGAAGAAAAUUGUUAUACAUUAUGAAUAUGAGCUCUCAUCAUGGCUCUCCAAAUUUGUGAUAAAGAUUAUUAUAAGCAUAAGUCUGAGUCUCUUUAUGUCUCCUACUCCUUCUUCUGUUUCUUUCCUAGUUCUAGGGCUCUACCACAAGUUCUAGAAGAAAGACAAAAGCAACCUGCUCUAUCUUUCUCAGUACACGAGAAAGAAGAACUUCAGCUUUGGACAUCAUGAUCCGAAAGGCAUAAUCUGCACAUCUUCCUCCAUUUUUGUGGUUCAACAUCUAACUCCCAGACACGCAGAAGGACGGCCCCGAUCGGAAUACUGCGCCGAUGACCUUCUCACACCUUUUCCUGGCAGAGGCUGAAGAGAGCUUGUUUCUAGCAGAUAUGGAGGGUGGCCGACUAUAUCGCUGGUAUUUGUCGAAGGUGAGAUGGCGAAGCUACAACGAAGACGAGUGGCGCUUCACAGUGAAAGACAAUCCAGCCAUCGUCCCACUUCCCAAUUUAAGAGUAGGUUCUUAAAGGUGCUUUUCUUACCGCUUUUUAUGCCUCUCUCAUCCUAAGGGAGAGAGAAAGGCAUAAAAUAAAGCGGGGUAAGCGAGCACCAAAAAGAACCUACCUCUAACCAAUGGCCAUCAAAAACCAGUGCUCACGAUUGUGGUACUAUACUGCUUUGUUCCUGGUAGUAGUUAUAUAGUUAAACUCAGGUGGAUGAGGUUAAAAGCUUACUAUUCACUUCUUAUUCUUCUCAACAUCACCGCCAGUUCCUCGAAUCCAAGCGUGUAUUAGCAACUGGUGCUUUGUUCCUGGUUGUAGUUAUUGAGGUUGAGGUUAAAUAAAGCUUAGGGACGAUGGGGAAGAUCUACUAGAUGAGAAUGUUGAGACAGAGAGGAAGAACUAGAAAUCUACCUCGUCGAGGUCGUUUAGGUCUUCGUUUAUUACGCUUGUCCAAGAAUCAUGCAGUUGCACACUUCUUAUUCUUCUCAACAUCACCGCCAGUUCCUCGAAUCCAAGCGUGUAUUAGCAACUGGUGCCCUCGACGGAUCCAUCAUCCUGUGGGAUCUGAUAAGCAAUUGUCGAAAGCGAGAACUCUCCGGCCAUGCGAUGGGUGUGACCUCUUUAGCUUGGUCCGGGAAAUAUCUUUAAGGAUUUAUACUAAGAAUUCUACGUCACUUGUUCCUUUUAUAUUCCAUCUUGAGUCAAGAAGCCUACAGCUAGUACACCUUGAGAGAUCUUCGUAGCAUCCUGGAACGAAGGAAGAGUAUUGAUUUUCAGGGAACAACAAGGAAGACAUCACUGGUACAACUACCCCGAUUAUAGCGUCACGAUCAGUGGUACGAGGAUCUUCAGGAUUCUUCUUCAUCUCAACAAGAUAAACAUUGCGAAGCCUAAGCUCUUCCUCUUCUUCUAAUAUCUGAUAUCUGCGGGAUUCGACAGCCGCCUCAUAGUGUGGGAUCCACAUGCGGGUAGCAGACUAGCACUCUUGUCUGAAUCGAACUGCAGUAUUCUGGACAUUUGCUUGCUAGGAAAUAACAACAUUUAUGGCAAUGGAAUCAGAGUGGUAGUGUAGUAAAAUCCAGCCUCCUGUAGUUUGUACUUGUAACUUACUAUCAGACGCUCCACACCAACUACACGUCCUCCAUCGACGACAGCCAUCUAAUCGAAAACGGAAAGUAAGCGAGUAAGAAAUAGAAUAACCGAGUACUAUCUGAGAUCGUUAUCUAGCUUACUCGCUUAUUUCAGUUUAUCGGGUACUAACUGUUUUCAUCCCUCUCGGGUACUUCGUCAUCAUCUCCCCAGAAGGCACCGUCUAAGCCCCUCUCGCCGCUUUUGACGAGGACUGCAAUGUCAAACUCUAUGAUCUGGCGAUGUACAAUCAAGUCCAGCUUUUCAUCGCUGAUGGAGUGGGAAAGGCAGCGGGAGUGCAGAAAGGAAACUCAGACUCAUUGGGGAACAUCAAGUGCAUGUGCAAGAUACACGAAAACAGAAUCGCGUUUGUUAUGAUGGAGGCGGUUGUAGAAGUAGACGUAGACGUCGACGGUUGUACAACUUGUAGAAGGAGACCUAGACGUCCACGUAGAAGUAGAAGUAGACCUAGACGUCCACGAGAAGCUCCUGGAGUCUUUCAACAAAGGACCACAAGGACGAGUAGUCCUGAGUGAUGGUUGUUACAGAUGCAGAGAAGGAACACAAGCACAACACAUCAUGUAGAUGUACAAUAGCAAUUGAUCACCCUUUUUCUAACUUCUGUGGUAGCCGCGUUCUUUUUUGGGAUAGCACUGCAGAGGACAGUACAGUGACGUCGGAGAAUCCCAUUACGUGCUUCCUCUACUGCCCCUAUCCCUGGAACGAAAUGAUCGUGCCAGUAAAAUCCGACCUCGUCGCAUGGGACGUCUACAGUGGCUGCAUCACGAGGACCAUACGGAAAGUGACGCAAGGAUACGUUUCAACCGUCAGUCGAGCAGAGAAGAGGUUGAUAGUCGGCAGUGAGUUAUGGUUCCUAGUCGCCUCUUUUUUCGCAGUUGAAGCUAGUCUAGUAUGUAGUACGACGUAACGUGCAGAAGUAGAAAUAAAAACAUCAAAAUUUAUCGGUAUCGAGAAAAAAUUCGAAAUUUGGAACUUCCCGACGGCGACACCUCCAUCUUCAUCCCUUCGACCUCCAUCUUCCCCCCGCGCUUCGUCCCUCCUUCAUCCCCCCGCGGGACCCUUCUUCAUCCCUUCGUGGCGAGCUCCAAGUCUACUUACUCGGUUCCAGAGGAUUGAAGCUUAAAACCUUGACGCCACAUCAAACCGAAAUAGUAGCGAUCGAGAGUCUAGCAGAGGUCCAGCGCAUCAUCACGUUGUGUGCGUUCAAGGUGAUCCAGAUACACGACGACUCUGUGGACAAGAGGUCGCAGCUGUUGAAGAAAAUCGAGGUUCCGACGUGUUCGUUUAUAAGACUCGCGUCCACGGGACCAGCAUUGAUAGCAGCGCCAAUAGCAGAGGGAUAUGUCGUGUUUUGGAAUGUGGCGCCGGUACAGCAACUUCAUUAUAUGCUGUGGAACAGUAAGUAGCAAUACAUGCUUACUGUUCUAAUCAAGAACAACAUGCUUCUCGUUCUCCUUUAGAGGCAUGGCGACUAUGUGCAUAAGUAGAAGUAACAGUGAUUUCUUACGGCAGGAGACCAGUGAUUUCUUACGGCAGGAGCACUUGACCUAUGCAGGUACCUGUGGUUUCUCUUCCUUGUGUAAAGCUUCGAGUCAAGGAAGAGGAACAAGAAUACCACACCUCUGCUCACCAGGUGAAGCUCGAAGGCGGUGAGCCAAACGAAAAGCAGCUAGAGGACGAUCCAGACAGGGCGCACAAUAGCACUGUUGCCGCAGCCUUCUUUUUCGAGAAGACACAGCCGCUUUUGUUGACGAUUGAUACUUAUGGCGGCUAUUUAGAACAGCAGUAAUUAUAAGGUAAACAGUAAAGGACAAGACUCCUGAAAAACUCGAGAUCAUGGUAGCUCCACCGGUACUCUACCCUCUUUGUCUUCCGAAAAAAAUUUUCGAACAAGUAUUUCAAUUUCUUGAUUUCUGUCCAUCUCCAUCAAUUCAAUCUCUCUCAACCUCUAGCUCUAGCUCUAAUUCUCCGAAGGCGUCCUCGUAUUUUGGGGACGGAAACCUUUGCCACCCUACGCCGUCUAUUGGAAGAGUUCACUGGAGAAGUUCUUCUCCCACGACGAGCAAGAACCGAGGAUAAGUGGUUCGCAUAUUGCGACGACGAACUCUAGCUGCGGAGCUAGUAGUCAUGGAGGCGAGGAGAUACGGACGAGUGCGCAAGCGAGCAAACAGCCUCCAGGGGCAGGAGGUGGAGCGGCGGGAGCAGCAGGGGCAGUUCUUAUGAGGUUUUUCAAAGAAGAGACGAGAGAGAGAGAGGAGCAGAGCCAUUUUCAAAGUGAGGACGCCGAACUUCUUCCUAGAACAAGUAAAUGCAUUUAGUUAGAUUUAUCUAGAGGACGCCGAACUUCUUCCUAGAACAAGUAAAUGCAUUUAGUUAGAUUUAUCUAGAGGACGCCGAACUUCUUCCUAGAACAAGUAAAUGCAUUUAGUUAGAUUUAUCUAGAGGACGCCGAACUUCUUCCUAGAACAAGUAAAUGCAUUUAGUUAGAUUUAUCUACAGGACGCCGAACUUCUUUCUAGAACAAGUAAAUGCAGUUCUAACUCCACCCCUGCCACGGAGAACAAGGACGCCAUAGUUCCAGCUAGUGGAGCAAAAAAGAAGGAGGACGAUGACGCUGAGGGUGAGGAGGGCAAGGAGCCAGAAGAGGAAGCACCGAUGCCCAGUGCCUGGAAGGACGUGGGUAUCGUAACUGCAGCAGCUCUAGAUACAGGCACAGAAACAGCUCUUUUCGUCGCAACUGACAGUGGCUCUCUGUCACGGUGGUCACUGCUAGAUGUGUUUCGGCAUGUGGAGCGGUUUAGGAAGAACAGGGAAGCAGCGAAGAAAGUGGCAAAGCCAGGACUGUUUGCGGGUAGUCCUCAGAAGAAAACAGUGGCCCCAAUCAGGGAUCCAGAGCUGAGACAGGAGUGGUUCAUGAGCCGGCCAAUAGGAGGGCCGAUAGAACUGAUACAUUAUGGCUCGCACUGGUUCUUCUUGUGCGUUGUACAACUUCUAGGAGUCCGUAGUAGAUGCAACUUCUACAGCAUGAUCAAACUCACGUUGUCAACGUAAUCGCUAGAAGAGUGGCAGUAUUGGAAAAACAGGAUUUGGAAGUUCUCGUACACACGUCGAACAGGAAAAAUCACACACGCCUUGGGCCCUCUACGUACUUACACUCUUCUAACCCACAUACGGCAAUCCGAAUCUGCUCUUCGUAUCCGGACCUCAGCAGAUCGUCUACCUGUUCGACGCUGUUAGUGGAGAAAUGCUUGGUAAACUCCAGAAAGACCUCCAGCACUGGGACUACCUGAGGAGUUUGAAUACUAGCGAAGAGGAAAAGCCGAGCAACAUGCUUGGAAUAACUCAACUAUCCUCCGCUUCUACAGUAGCUCCCACUACGUCUAGUUCGUUGACCCAGCACAUCGUGCCCAAUGCCAGCUUAGAAGGACUUUGCAAGACGGAAACGGACAAAAUCAACGCUGCACUCAAAGCAGAAUCCAAAACUCCCUAUGCCGUACCAGAGACGACCAAGGAGAUCUCCACGAAAGCUAGGGCUCUAGCAGAUCCGGAGUUAAUGACAGCCGCAGAAAAGCGAGAAACAGCACUAGAGGGUAGUUGGCGAGUAGAACUGCGGCAGAAGAAGUUCUUCCCAAAGAAAGUGCCGAGUAUGUUGUCACCAGAAAGGAUGCAGAGGAGUCAGGAACUGCUCGAACAGAGGAGGUUGAGGCGGUCAGGCAUGUCACAGUACGAGAUUAGCGAAAUGUACGGGGGGACCUCAACAACGAGCUUCAUGGGUGGUGCGUCGACACUGGUGUCUCCGGAUGGAAAGUUUGGAAGCACAAUGGGGGGAGCCUUAUGAACGGUGGUUUCACAGACACAGAGUCUCAUAGUCGUGCAGACUGAAUAGUGCGUCAUGUGCUAGUUUCCUUUCACUUUCUUCUACUUAGUUGAUGAAGUAGAAGCAGUGUUACGAGAUUACGUAGUUCACGUCCUCGAGAAAAGUUCUUGCUCCUCUUGCCCCUGCUCUAACAACCUCCACCUUCGGAGCUCCACCAGGAGUCCAACCUCUGACCUACAGUCCUCAAGGCGCGGCGGCGCAUGACCUGAGCGCGUAUCCACCGAACGAUUGGAAGCCACCACUUUUGUCAGGCCUAAAACGUGGCAAGCGCUUCGAUGACAAUGUCUCAGCUAGCGCAGAAAAGCUGGCUGCGGCGUUUGACAAGAUAGGCGACGCGAGGAUGGCGGAUACGUUUAGGAGAACGAAGUAUUGAGAGUAUUGAGCGUACUGGUACUCUGACUGGAACUAGAUCUAGAAGAAGUAUUCUCUCCUUCACUCAAAUCGAUGUUUUUUAUCUCAUUCUGACGCAAUCAACACAAUGCAUGGCAGCUGCCUGAUGUUUCUCAACGUACUAAUUGUAAUUUGACACGCUGGAUGAGUACUGGAAUUGAAGAAAAGGCUGAAUCGCAAGCGCAACAAGGAUAGAUAUAAUAGUUAUAAAGUGGUAACGCCGAACCGGAUAGAAAGAAUAACUCGACCAAGCUUUUGAACUUUUUUACUACUGUUCUUGUAGCUCAUGAAGACUCAAUAAGAAGACCAGGACAGAAUUGCUUCAUCUAUUGAAAGAUAGAGACCAUGACAGACAACUACACAAAAUGACUGAUAUUCGAGAUUACGACAGAAGUAAGUAAACACCUUAGAAAAUAAUGAACUCGGUCAAAUCUUAGAUAGAGCACCAGAUAGUUUUUUUCAAGAAGCGGAUGAACAUGAAGAUGAACGCACAACGAAGGAAAGAAAUUCCACUGAAUCCCCACUGCGAGUUGACGGUGGAAGACGAUGUAGUUUGAGAGAAAAUUUAGCACGAGAUUUGACGCUUUGGUGAGGGUAGAAAGGAGAUGCUCGUACGUG